AUGGCGCACCGCUAUGCAUUCGUUGGCAAGCUUCAGAACCUUUCUGGUAUGGAAAAACAUUUAAGUGAAACUUCAGAGUCUUUUUUAGAGGAGUGCAAAGCCUUAGGUGGCUUGUAUAAGAUGUUGUCGCUGCCUUAUUCCAAGAUUCCAACCCCUUUUUUGUCAAAGGUGUUGGAAUAUUACAAUCCCGAUUCCAACACCUUUAACAUUAAAGGGCAUGUGCUAGGAGUAACACUUCAAGACAUGUUAUUCCUAGCGAGAAUCCGAAUUGAUGGCAAACCUGUGCUUGUCAAGGAAUACAACGACGAUCAUUGCAUCUCUAUUUUUGGGAAGGCUAUGUACGAAUUUGAUGAGCUAAAGGCGAUUAUCGAGGAUACAGGAUCGGAUGCAAAGAAGCGCAAGGUAGCGCUAUUGAUGCUAAUAGUGAACUCCAUAAUAAUGCCGUCUCAUAAUGGGAAUCGUUUUUAUCCCGCAUUUUUUGAAUUAUUAAGUGAUCCAGAUGAGACGUCUAUGACUUAUGCAUGGAAGGCAGCCAUGCUUGCUGCCCUCCAGCAUCACUUGCAGAAGAGAUAUAAUAAAGUAGGUGGUUGUGCAUGGCUAUUAGUGUGUUUCUUCUUCGUUCGCAUCCCAAAGUUGUGGGAUUCCAUAGGCCUCACAUCAGUGAGGGAGGAAAUGGAGGAGGGGCAAUUGGCUCAAGACCCAUUUCCAAUGAAAUGGAUAUUAAGGAAGCUGCAACUGUCCACCUUUGGCAAAGAUCAAAAGGGGGGUUACCUCAAGACAAUAUCCCCUGUUUUUGAGAACCUCGAAGACGAGAUAUGGUCACAAUUAACAUCAACAUUUGACCAAACCAGAUUAUUCCUAGCUUUCCAAAUUCCAUAUAUGGCAGCAACUACAACAGCAUUACACACUGAUUUCUGA